AUCAGUACGAAAUCUUAAGCGGCAUAGCGCGUGUGAGAGACGAAGUGAGCAAUACACAGAGACGGGAUUCGUGUUUGCUUGUGUGUGCAGCAUGGCAAACUGACGAAUUUAAGGCUAUAUAUGAUAGAAACUACAUGAUACUCUUUUCAGUUGUUCAUUGACGACUGACCUGAUAAAUACGGUUUAUUCAAGGAACGACUGUAAAACCACGUGGUUCACAAACGAACAAACCAAUUUUCACUUUUCAAUUGUAUUUUAUUAGUUUAAUUGAGCGAUAAAGAUAAAAUAAAGCGACAAGUAGUAGUAAACAAAAAUCGCGAUAAACCAGAAUCAUUGUUUGAAUAGAAAAAUAAAAAAAAAUUGUAAAGCAGUUAAUUAACUGAGUAGCAAAAAUGGAAGCAGAAUUAGUGUUUGAAGAUUUGAGUUCGGUCAAAGGAAAGAGCUUCGGCGCACCAAUCGAUAUAGAUGGUGAAGUUGUCUUUCAAACCGGAAUGGUUGGAUAUCCAGAAUCGAUGACCGAUCCCUCGUAUCAUGGACAAAUUCUUGUGCUCACCUAUCCGAUGAUCGGUAACUAUGGUAUUCCAGGAGAGGAAAAAGAUGAAUAUGACUUGCCGAAAUUUUUUGAAUCGUUGAACAAAAUUUGGGUUGAUGGGCUGGUUGUCGAUGAAUUGUGCGAUAAGCCGUCACAUUGGCGUUCGAAACAAUCGCUUUCGGAUUGGAUGAAAAAACAUAACAUUCCCGGUAUUAGCGGCGUCGAUACACGUGCACUGACGAAGAAGAUUCGUGAAAAGGGCACGAUUAUGGGUCGAAUCAUCCAAAAUGGUUCCGCUCGAAAAACGGCUGCGUUUGUUGACCAAAGCAAACGAAAUUUUGUCGACGAAGUAUCUGUGAAAUCCGUCCAAACGUACAAUGCCAAUGGUUAUCCUCGCAUUUGUGCCGUUGACUGCGGGUUAAAAUUGAAUCAAAUCCGCUGCUUCCUAAAGCGUGGUGCUCGUGUUGAUGUUGUGCCAUGGAACCAUAAAUUAGAUAGCAAAGAAUAUGAUGGUCUGUUCCUGAGCAACGGUCCAGGUGAUCCGGUUGUUUGCGAGAAAACCGUUGCCAAUAUUCGAAAUGUGAUUGAGUCGGGCACAACGAAGCCAAUUUUUGGUAUAUGUUUGGGACAUCAGCUUCUGUCUACUGCCAUCGGCUGCAAAACGUACAAAAUGUUGUACGGAAAUCGUGGUCAUAAUUUGCCUUGCGUCCAUAAAGGCACCGGAAAUUGUUAUAUGACCUCACAAAAUCACGGUUAUGCCGUUGAUUCGAAGACAAUUCCCAACGAGUGGGAAAUUUUGUUUGAAAACAGCAACGAUGGCAGCAACGAAGGUAUUGUACACAACGAAAAACCAUUCUUCAGUGUACAAUUCCAUCCCGAGCACACAGCCGGUCCAGACGAUCUUGAAUGUUUGUUUGAUGUAUUUUUGGAUGCUGUGAAAAACAAUAGCAACGCCGGCUUCAAUGUGAAACAACGCAUCAUCGAAGAGUUGGAAUUCAAACCGGGCAAAAAUGUGAAAAUUACCAAACCACGUAAAGUGCUCAUUUUGGGUUCGGGUGGUCUUUCGAUUGGUCAAGCUGGUGAAUUCGAUUAUUCGGGCUCACAAGCCAUUAAAGCACUUAAAGAAGAAAACAUUCAAACCAUUUUAAUAAAUCCAAAUAUUGCAACUGUGCAAACCUCCCGUGGAAUGGCUGAUAAAGUGUACUUUUUACCAAUCACCGCACAAUAUGUCGAACAAGUCAUCAAAGUAGAACGACCACAAGGUGUUUUACUCACGUUCGGCGGACAAACUGCAUUGAAUUGUGGCGUUGAGCUGGUUAGAAAUGGCAUCUUUGACAAAUAUGGCGUGAAAAUUCUCGGUACACCAAUUGAAUCGAUCAUUGAAACUGAAGACCGUGAAAUAUUCGCUAAGCGUGUUAAUUCUAUUGGAGAAAAAGUUGCACCAUCCGCUUGCGUUUAUUCAGUUGAAGGUGCAUUGACUGCCGCUUCAAAUUUGGGAUAUCCAGUGAUGAUUCGAGCUGCAUUUGCGUUGGGUGGUUUGGGCAGUGGUUUUGCCAACGACAAAGAAGAGCUGAUCAAAUUGGCCGAACAAGGUUUGGCACAUUCAAAGCAAUUGAUCAUUGACAAAUCUCUCAAGGGAUGGAAAGAAGUUGAAUACGAAGUCGUUCGUGAUGCAUACAACAACUGUAUAACCGUGUGUAAUAUGGAAAAUGUCGAUCCACUUGGCAUUCACACCGGCGAAAGUAUCGUUGUAGCACCCUCACAAACAUUGAGCAAUCGCGAAUAUUACAUGCUUCGAGCCACGGCGCUCAAAGUCAUUCGUCACUUUGGUAUCGUCGGUGAGUGUAACAUUCAGUACGCUCUCAGUCCGCAUUCAGAAGAAUUCUACAUCAUCGAAGUGAAUGCACGUUUGUCUCGAAGCUCAGCGCUGGCGAGCAAAGCGACCGGCUAUCCUUUGGCUUACGUUGCCGCUAAAUUAGCACUGAACAUUCCAUUGCCUGAGAUCAAAAACACCGUUACCGGAGUAACAACGGCUUGUUUCGAACCAAGUUUGGAUUACUGUGUAGUAAAAGUGCCACGAUGGGAUUUGGCCAAAUUCAUGCGCGUGAGUAAAAAUAUCGGUAGUUCAAUGAAGAGUGUCGGCGAGGUGAUGGCCAUUGGUCGAAAGUUCGAAGAGGCAUUUCAAAAGGCGUUGCGAAUGGUCGAUGAAAAUGUCAACGGAUUCGAUCCAUACGUAAAACAAGUGAACGAUGUUGAACUGAAACAACCAACCGAUAAACGCAUGUAUGUCUUGGCAGCAGCACUUAAAUCUGGUUAUUCCGUGGAGAAAAUUAACGAGCUAACCAAAAUUGAUCCAUGGUUUUUGAACAAAUUCCAAAAUAUCAUCCAACAUAUCACCGCAUUGGAGUCACUCGGUGGCAUUCUGUCAGACGAAAUGCUGAUUAGCUCGAAAAAGUUCGGAUUUUCGGACAAACAAGUGGCACAAGCGGUUGGAAGUACUGAAUUGGCUGUGAGAAAACAUCGUAAAGAAAUCGGUGCAUUACCAUCGAUCAAACAAAUUGAUACGGUGGCGGGUGAAUGGCCAGCCACAACAAAUUACUUGUAUUUGACAUACAAUGGAAAUGAAAAUGAUAUUGUCACACCAAGCGCCGAUCAUACAAUGGUCAUCGGUUCCGGAGUCUAUCGAAUCGGAAGCUCAGUCGAAUUCGAUUGGUGUGCCGUCGGCUGUUUGCGUGAACUGAAAAAACUUGGCCGAAAAACGAUUAUGGUCAAUUACAAUCCGGAGACCGUUUCAACCGAUUAUGACAUGUGCGAUCGUUUGUACUUUGAAGAGAUUUCAUUCGAAUCAGUUAUGGAUAUUUACGAAUACGAAGAUCCAGAAGGUAUAAUCUUGUCGAUGGGCGGUCAAUUGCCCAACAAUAUUUGCAUGGAUUUGCAUCGUCAACAAGCGCGAAUUCUUGGAACUUCACCGGAAAGUGUCGAUGGUGCUGAGAAUCGUUUCAAAUUCUCACGUAUGUUGGACCGAAAGGGCAUUUUACAACCGCGAUGGAAAGAAUUGACCGACUUAAAAUCAGCAUUUGCAUUUUCCAAUGAAGUCGGCUACCCAUGUUUAGUUCGACCAUCGUAUGUGCUAUCUGGUGCCGCAAUGAAUGUCGCACACAAUGAUCAAGAUUUGGAAGAGUAUUUGAAAUCAGCAUCGGAUGUGAGCAAAGAACACCCAGUCGUAAUUUCGAAAUUCUUGACCGAAGCCAAAGAAAUUGAUGUUGAUGCUGUUGCUUGCGACGGUGUAAUUCUGUGCAUGGCCGUUUCGGAACACGCUGAAAAUGCGGGAGUUCAUUCAGGUGAUGCCACUCUCGUAACACCACCACAGGACAUCAACAGUGAAACACUUGAACGAAUCAAGAUUAUUGCUCGUGAUAUUGCCGCACUUUUGGAUGUGUCCGGACCAUUUAACAUGCAACUUAUCGCCAAAAACAACGAACUCAAAGUCAUCGAAUGUAAUGUUCGAGUUUCACGUUCAUUCCCAUUCGUUUCGAAAGCACUCGGUUUCGAUUUUGUGGCAUUGGCCACCAGAGUCAUCGUCGGAAUGGAUGUUGAACCGGUGAACGUAUUAAAAGGAUGCGGACGGGUCGGCGUAAAGGUACCACAGUUCAGUUUCUCUCGUUUGGCCGGGGCCGAUGUUAUGUUGGGCGUUGAAAUGGCUUCAACUGGUGAAGUCGCGUGUUUCGGUGAUAAUCGUUAUGAAGCAUACCUGAAAGCCAUGCUGUCAACCGGUUUCCAAAUACCAAAAGGUGCAAUUCUGCUUAGUAUCGGCAGUUUCAAGCACAAAUUGGAAUUGUUGCCAUCUGUUCGCGCUCUAUCGAAAAUGGGUUAUAAAUUGUACGCAUCGAUGGGAACCGGUGAUUUCUACGCUGAACACGGUGUUGAUAUCGAAUCGGUUCACUGGACAUUCGAAAAGCUCGACCAAUCUGGCGACAGUGGUGAUCAACAGUAUUUGGCUGAAUUCUUGGCUGAGAAAAAUAUUGACUUGGUAAUCAAUCUACCGAUGCGAAAUGGUGGCGGUCGCCGAGUGUCAUCGUUCAUCACGCAUGGCUACCGUACUCGACGAUUGGCUGUUGAUUUAACCAUUCCACUGGUUACCGAUGUAAAAUGUACCAAAUUGUUGGUCGAAGCGAUGCGAUUGAUUGGCGGAGCACCUGUAAUGAAAACACACACCGAUUGCAUGACAUCGCGCAAUAUCAAGAAAUUGCCGGGCUUCAUCGAUGUGCACGUACAUUUGCGUGAUCCAGGUGCAACGCACAAAGAAGACUUUUCAUCAGGUACGGCUGCAGCAUUGGCAGGUGGUGUGACAAUGGUUUUAGCUAUGCCAAAUACCAAUCCUACAAUCACCGAUAAAGACGCAUUCGAAUUGGUGAAAGACAUUGCCAAACUGAAGGCACGUUGUGAUUAUGGUAUUUAUGUGGGUGCAUCCUCUGACAAUUACGAUGUGAUCCAUGAAUUAGCAGCAGAAGCAGCUGCACUUAAAAUGUACUUAAAUCAAACGUUCUCAACGCUUCAGCUAAACGAUAUGCUCAUUUGGAAGAAACAUUUGAAAAAUUGGCCAAAAGGAGCGCCACUUGUUGUGCACGCCGAACGGCAAUCAACCGCCGCCGUUAUAUUUUUGGCAAAUGUUUUGGAGCGUUCCAUUCACGUUGCUCACGUUGCACGAAAAGAAGAAAUGGAAAUCAUUCGAACGGCCAAAAAACGUGGCAUGAAAAUCACAUGCGAAGUAUGCCCACAUCAUUUGUUCUUGUCAACCGAUGACAUUCCUCUAAUUGGUGCGGGUCGUGCCGAAGUGAGACCGGUGCUUUGUUCGCCGGAAGAUCAAGCCGCCCUAUGGGAGAAUUUAGAAUACAUUGAUGUGUUUGCAACCGAUCAUGCACCGCACACCAUCGACGAAAAAGAUUCAGCUAAACCGCCUCCAGGUUUCCCAGGCCUUGAAACGAUUCUGCCAUUGCUGUUGAAUGCAGUCAAUGAAGGGCGGUUAACACUUGAAGAUGUUAUCAAUAAAUUUCAUCGCAAUCCACGCAAAAUUUUCAAUUUACCAGAACAACCAAAUACUUAUGUCGAAGUGGAUUUGGAUGAAGAAUGGACGAUUCCAGCGAAACCGACCCAUUCAAAAGCACACUGGACACCAUUCGCUGGAAUGAAAGUCAAAGGAUCCGUUCAUCGUGUUGUUUUGCGUGGCGAAGUAGCAUUUGUCGAUGGUGAAGUGUUGAUUGAGCCGGGCUAUGGUCAAAAUGUUCGUGAAUGGAACACCGUUUCGAAGACAGAUUACAAGCAUGUUUUGGAGAAGAUUGAGAAUCUAUCGGCUGGCAGUGAUGUGUUCGAAACCAGUUUGAAAGACUCCAAAACGUCUGAAUUGAUGAAUGAUGUUCAAACAAAUGAUUUCUUCACAAAACUACUGGCCGAACCAGUUGUUAAGCCAAAUGUACAUUUCGCUUCGACCGACCGAAUCAUCAGACAACCAUCGCCAUUGCCAAGAGUACGAUGUGAUUCAGCCAGUAAUACAACAUUAAAAGAGUUGGUUCAAGUGACGACCGCACAAAAUGCGUCCAUUCAACAUGGAUUGUACGGAAAGCACAUUCUCAGCGCUAGCAUGUUCAGCAAAGAACAAUUGAAUGAUAUCUUUGAUUUGGCACAGAUUUUCAAGAGUCGUGUCGCUAAAGAACGCAACACUCUUGAUAUUCUUCGUGGCAAAAUUAUGGCUUCGAUCUUCUAUGAAGUUAGCACACGUACCAAUUGCAGUUUUGCCGCUGCCAUGCUCCGAUUGGGCGGACAAGUCAUUUACAUGAACGAGUCGAGCUCAUCAGUUAAAAAAGGAGAAACUCUCAGUGACAGUAUUACCGUUAUGGCCGGCUACUCCGAUGUGGUCGUGUUGCGCCAUCCAGAUCGUGGAGCCGUUUUGCAAGCAAGUCAACACAGUCGAAAACCAAUCAUAAAUGCUGGCGAUGGCGUGGGAGAGCAUCCAACACAGGCUUUGCUGGAUAUUUUCACGAUUCGACAAGAAAUCGGUACUGUUAACAAAUUGACAAUUACAAUGGUGGGUGAUUUGAAGAAUGGCCGUACUGUUCAUUCUUUGGCCAAGCUGCUAACAUUGUAUGAUGUUCAAUUGAAUUACGUCAGCCCGCCAAGUUUGUCUAUGCCAGAGCAUAUAACAAACAGUCCAGAAAUGAAACGUGUCAAGCAAAAGAUUUACAGCAGUUUGGCUGAAGCUCUGCCUGAAACAGAUGUUUUGUACAUGACACGAAUCCAGAAGGAGCGUUUUGAAACGGAAGAAGAGUACAACCGUGUACGUGGUCACUUCGUUGUAACGCCGCAUCUCAUGACAAUGGCCAAGCGUCGUAUGAUUGUUAUGCAUCCACUGCCACGCGUUGAUGAGAUUUCAAAGGAAUUCGACAAUGAUCCACGCGCUGCAUACUUCAGACAAGCCGAGAAUGGAAUGUAUUGUAGAAUGGCAUUGCUUGCGAUGGUACUCGGCAAAUCUGAAUAACAAACGAAUUUAUACCCAUGUUUACAUGACUAAUUGUUUAUUAUAAUUGAUCAAACAACAAUAAAAACAACGAAUUUUUACUGAUCGAAUAAA